AUGAAAGUUAUUUUGUCCUCAAGAUGUAACGUAUUUGGUAAACUCAUAUAUAUAUAUAUAUAUACAUAUAUAUGUAUAUAUACAUAUAUAUAUAUACAUAUAUAUACAUAUAUAUAUACGUAUAUAUAUAUAUACAUAUAUAUAUCCAUUAUAUAUAUCCACAUACAUAUAUCCAACACAGUCAUAUAUAUGUAUAUCCAACAUAGUUGGGUGGGAGCAAAUGUAUACAGUCCCGUACUUCUGGUUCUCGUGGGUCGAACUGUGCGUAAUAUAAAAAUGCUGGCUUCUGUCAGCGUCAUAUCCACGCGAGGAGUGCGCUCUCUCAAUCCGCAUCAUUUCCGGCCACCAUGGCCCAUUUUUUCAAAGACAUCGGGAUGGCGGAAACGAGGUCCCUGUGUUCAUGAGCGACAUCGUCUUCCUGGACAGGACCGUGAGUUUCCGGAGCUGUCGCCAAAGUUUAAGAAAGAAAAUCCAGAAGAAUUGAGAAAUUAUACUGGAACAAGAGAUGUCGGUUUCUAUGAUCCAGCAAGCAAAAAAUUUGUCCCUGUUGAUGAGAUGCACCCGGAGUUGAUAGUACCAGAUUUGCGAGGGUUUCAGUUGCGGCCGUAUGUGUCGUAUCGAACAGAUUUCGAGAUUGAAAAGAACGUCAUAUCCACGAGAGGAGUGCGCUCUCUCAAUCCGCAUCAUUUCCGGCCACCGUGGCCCAUUUUUUCAAAGUAUAGAUUAGAUGGCGUAUUGUUUGCAAUUGCUUACAGAAGAAAGAAGUACGAUAAACUGGUGGCCAAAUAUGGCGGAGAGGAGAAUGCUGAAACGGUCACUUUCGAAGGCGAAAGGUGGCCUCCGCCAAAGACCACUGCUCAUCUCCUGUUCAAUGUGCACUAUGCACCGUCAGUAAGGUCCUCUUUGUUCUCAGUUUUUCGCGUAUUGAUCACUGAUUUUCCUGUCUUGUUUCUGUCUUGGGACCCUCACAUCCUAUUCUGCACGGCAGCCUGGAGAAAUCACCUGCAACUCGAGCGAUAA